UCUUUUUUUUCAUUGUCGUCCUUCUUCCCGUUGAGCUAAUCGGUUUCGGUCAACCGCUACACCUGCUGACUCCGUUUCUCAUAUUUAUCCUCACACAAGUACUCACAACAUGGAUGAUUUUGACAUGCUGAACGCGCCCGCAGCUGGAAACGGUGUUGGGUCGGAAGAGGACCCCGCUGCCGCUUUCUUGGCCCAGCAGGAGAGCGAAAUCGCGGGGAUUGAAAACGACGAAGGCUUCAGCAUCCUGGACAGCGGAGAGGUUCCCUCGUCGUUGGGAGACUCCAGCGAUGGUGCUGUCAACGGAGAUCUUCAUGGGGAAAGCAACGGCCCAUCUGAUGCAUAUGCAGCAAUUUCCAGUGCCGACCGGCUGCAGGCCGAACCUGAAAGUCUACGCAAGUGGAGGGAGGAGCAAAGUGAUCGACUGGAGUUGCUAGAUGAAAACUCUCUCAAGCAGGAGUCCGAGUGGAAGGAGAAAGCCAAGGUGGAGCUGGAAGAGUGGCACGCCAGGCAGAAUGAGCAGCUGGAGAAAACCAAAACCAAUAACAGGGUGCUGGAUGAAGACUUCUACAAGCAGCCCUUCUCUGAGCUCAUUGGUUAUGUCACACACAUUAACCAUCCUUGCUACCGCCUAGACCAGGCGGCUGAGGAGGCCAUGAUUUCAGAUCUGGACGAGAACAACCCCGGCACGGAGUGGGAGCGGGUCGCUCGUCUCUGCGACUUCAACCCCAAGUCCAGCAAGCAGGCCAAAGACGUGUCCCGCAUGCGCUCCGUCCUCAUCUCCCUGAAGCAGUCCCCACUGGUCCGCUAGGCAGCCAACGCGGCUCAGGGCAUCAUUCCAAAUCAUCAACCCCCCCCCCCCCCAUGCAUAGCCAGUGGUCCUACCCUCAUCUAUCUCCACCUGGCAUGGUCUCAAAAGUUUUCACCUGUGUGCACCUCUUCCACGGACCAAUGAAGACCUUGUAAUUCCCCUUUCUUGUUGUUUAACAUACUGAGUUUAGAGCCUGUUGGUCUGGGGUCUGGUGUAACACUUGUGUAAGGGUGGUGAGUUGGGACACUAAAAGGGAAGGGUUGAUGUUUGUUCGUUUGGGCCUACAGCUAUACUACAACCCGCUUCACUUGGCUCUCAAACAUUACUCGUCAUUCCCAUGAUGCUGUAUUCUAACUCUUAACCGAUUAGUCGAUCUCAUGAAUCCUCUGAUCUACAAGGGUUGAUUGAUGUUAAAUGGCUGUAUUCACCUUUUUUGUUUUACCAUCCUAUUUUUUCUUUAGUUUUUUUAAGGACCAAACUCUUAAGACAAACUCCAAAUUCAGUGUGUGUACUUUGAACUGUGUAUAGAGCCUGCUUGUGACAUUAUGUUAAAUUGUUCCAAUCUAUGCAUUUCCUUUUGAAAAUCCUCCCCCUCUCCAGUCAGGAACUGAACAAAGUCCAGCCAUUAGUGUGUGUGUGUGUGUGUGUGUGUGUGUGUGUGUGUGUGCGCGCGCAUAUUUAAACCUCAACAGAGUGUAUGUACUCUAUGCGUGUACCUAUGUACAUAUACAGAAGGCAAUAUAUACAGUAUAUAAAACAUUUAUGUCACUAAAAUUAGACAGUUGUGGUUUUAAAGAGAACUAGAUAUUAGCCAGCUGUUUGACCAUGCGUGUUCAUUGUCCAUUUGAUUUCAAUAUCAAUAAAAAAAGUGAAUGAAA